AAUUUUUUCCAAGAGAAAUAAAGGAUAUCCUAGCAAUGGAGCUGAGGCUAUGUACUGAGAAUUCGGUUGAAAGUCUUGGAUUACUCCAAUCGGUUGUUAAAAAAUUGAAGACGAUGAAGAAAUAUAUCGCUGACACAGAAUCAACCCAUGUCGAUGCAGAUUCAGUAAGGAAUUUCACCCAGAGCUCUUCAAUUCCAUCAGAAGAAGAAGAAGCAAAUGAGGAUUGUCACGAUUUCGAAUUGCUCAUCCCUUCGUUUUUCUUCUAUGAAGAGGGAGAUUUGUCUGAUGAGAUGAAUUUUCAAACUAGAAAAGUUAGGGGUACUUUGGAUAGUUGUGAGAAAUUUCAAAGCUUAAAUGAUCUGGUCAUUAAUCACAAUAAGUUAAUUGGUAAGAAUUGUUCACCCAUUCUUUCCGAUUAUUCUCGAAUAUUAUUCGAUCGUGGUAAAGGGCUUGUAGUUAUUGGCAGGUAUCCUUGUUGUGUUAGAAGCAUUUAUAAGUUCUAUUUUGAUUUAGUUACUUCUUUUUCGGUUGUUUUUAAUGGGUUAAUUAUUCUAAGGGUUGAUUACGAUAAAAAAUUAGCUUCUAAGAUGAUUAACGACUAUGGGUACCAAUCAUAUUGGUUAUUCAGUGAAUCAAUGGUUGGUAUGUCAGCUGAAGGAGGUAUUUCUAGUAUUGCUUGGCAUGCGUUUGGUAAAUUGCUUCAAAGGGUUAUCAGUCACCAAAUAGCUGGUGAACACUCUUCUUACAUUGGUGACAACCUUACUGGCAGCGUAUUUGAUCUUGGGAGAAGAAUUGAACAUAUGGGAAGGUAUUCUUGCUUCGAUGAUGAUUACGAAUGCUACUUUGUUACAAUUACUUCUUGUGUGUUUGUUUCAAUUGAGUCAAUUUCAAUUUUAAUGGUUGAAAGUAAUGUGAAUUGCGUUUCUGAACUGGAUUUAAGACUUGGGUACCAGUCAGAAUCUCUGCUUAUGUUCUCGGUUUUGUGUUUAUUGGAUCCCUAUGGUGAUAGUGGUGUUGAUGGUAAGCUACUUCUGAAAAUGUCACAUGGAGAUAGUGUUACGGAGACUUUAUCGACACUACAGUAGACAGAAGUUAGGAGAUUUAGGAAGGCACAUAAUUUGUUUGGUCAAGUGCCUGAUAAACUGCUUGGCAGAGUACCCUGGAGUUUGAGUGGCGCCAAAGGUGAUUUAUUCUUGCAACUCAUAUUGGGUAAGGAUAGGGACAGUUGUGAUACUAGAAAACUGAAUGCUGAAAUGUCAGAUGUAAAUAGACUUGUGCUUCAUAUUCUUUCUAGAAAGUGUGAUUUUUCCUUGGUGUUUUUUCUUCCAAUUUCCGCAAGUCAGAGAAGUCAAUUUUAUCUCUUGAGAAUAUGUUCCUUCUUGAAUUUUCCAUUGCUUACAUCUAAGGUCUGUGGUAGUCUUAUGGUUCAAGAAGUUAUUAUGACAGUCCUUCAUUAUUGGAUUUAUCGGCACAUGCCUCGUUGUACUCGCUACUUUACAUCUAGUUGCAAUCACGUGAUGAGUAUAUAUAGUUAUCUUUUGACUCGAAAUUACUUUCUGGUUAUAUUUAAUUCUGAUGUUUGUUAUCUAAAGGGGACUGAGGGUUAUUCCUGGAUAGGAAUUCUAGCAAGAAUAGUGGGAACUAAGGCUUUACUCAUGGUAGUUCAAGCACUGAAGGUGUAUUUACUGUCAGGGAAUUACUUGAAGUGGAAGUUCAAAUUGUCCUCUACAGGCCUAUGGAAUGUGUGUCACAAUACUGGCAAACAUUUUAUGAAGGCAGCCUUGAAUAAUUUUUUGUUUGGACUCAACACCGUUAAGGAUACUCAACAUUUUAAUUCUUAUUACAAGGGAUUGGCAGAUUUGUUUUAUCAGCUCAAGAGAGAUUGUAUAGGAGUGGAAUUAUAUGAAAGAAGGCUGGAAAUCAAAGUUUUACAUACUGAUUUUGAAUUGCAAAGUGAUAGAGCCGGGGGUAGUACAAGAGGACUUAACAACAACCUUCCAGAGGAUGAAACCACUUGUUUGCACUGUUAAACCAGUUCACUUAAUGUCUGUGCAACUUGAUUUCAGAAAAUCGAAGGCGCAUGUUGAUAAGCAAAAGGGAGUAGAAGUGCUACACGAAAAAGGGGACGAACCUACAACCUUCACUGUGUUAAUUAGCAAGGAAGGGGCAGAAAUCAAGAACAUACUGUUAUAGGCUCAUGUAGUUCCUUACAAAGACGAAGACAGAGAGCAUUGCAUUUCGCAAAGAGAUGGUAAGUUGAUUUCUGAGCUAAGAGCUGAAGUACUUAUAGGUCUCAUUCUCACAGGGAAAGUCAUUAGCUCUGAGGCUAAAUGUUUACUCAUGGUAAGUCAAAUUCUUAAAAUAUUGUUGUGGGUAGGGUACUUUAGGUGGAAGUUCAGAUUGGUUCCAUCUGGUUCAUGGAAUAUGGCAAGUGUUAGUCUGACAGUUCAUUUCUCAGUUUUGUGCUUUGAUGAAGACGGGACUUGUCGGAGGAUUUUGUUUUGCAGAGCUGAGGACCAUAUCGAAAUGAUGAAACACGACAAUCUGAGCACGAAAGAGUUUUUAUCAUCAUCACACAUACUUGUGAUUGCACCUGGUAAGAUUGCAUCACUCACUGAGCAACACGCUACUCAUCUCAGUGGUGUACAAGUAAUUAUUCAUGAUACUCGAAUAAAGGUCAUACACACUAUUUUUGAUGAUAAAAGUGGGUGGACUUGGGGAAGUCAGAGAAGUUCCAUAUCUGAAGUUUUUAGAUCCCGUUGCAGUGGGACCAAAGCCAUGAUUAUUGUUUGUAGUGAUACUUCCGUCAGUGCUUACCAAGAUGUGAAUAGUGAAGAUAGUGGGCAUAUUUUCUUAGUUAAGACCAACUCAAGAGAGUUAAAAUCUCUGUUUGAUGUAGAGAUAGGAACUCAGGCCAUGGGUGAUACAAGCAGCUGUGCAGAUGGAUUCGCUUGUCUUUUGGAAAAUGACACAAGAAUAUCAAGUUCAAUGGCUGAUAAUGGUAUUCGUUGGCGACAGUUGGUUGUUGGGCCUGGCUUGCGAUGUGUAAGAGUCUCUCAAGGUUAUUUAUUUGCGUUAAGUCUAUUGGGUUUCUCAUACCAGUUUGAGGGACUAAUUUGGCCACAGACUUGUGACUUCUGCAUUCCUCCUGAAGGUGUCGCAGGCGAUGAAUAUUUAUCACUCAAGCUAGUUUUCGUGAUUCUCAUCCUUGAGGAUAAGGAUGUUUUCAAGGGGAGUGGAAUGUCAUGUGCUUGGGGUGCCCCGUAACGUAAUUGUGUCUGUCUUUAGUAGUUAAUUGUAAUGGAGGGAUGUGAUUGUACCACCUGGUGGCUAUCUAGCCGUGGGUUCUAGGGUAGUAGUUGAGAGACUUAUGUACUCUCGUGUCUGUAAUGGAAAGGGGAUCGAAUAUUAAGAAAUCAAUAGAACUUCUGUUCUUUA